CCUGCUCCUUCUCUUGCUCCUUCUCCUCAAUGAUAGAAUCCUUGGUUCAGUCAUCUCCAGGACGGAGCAGCUCCUCCUCUGAUGGUCUCUCUCUGUGCUUCAGGUUUGGGACCCCACCUCCCCCCCGGCCAGUUUGGGGCGGGCCGCGGUCACUAACGACAACUUUCAGAGGCGGAGGGUUUCCAGGGAAACAGAGGAGCAGCAGGGGCAUGAGAGGAGACCCCCGCUCCAUCAUCGAGUACCGAGACCUGGACGCCCCUGAUGACCUGGACUUCUUCUAGCUCCGCCUCCUUUUUUACUUUUUUAUUGGUCAGCCCGUGUUAGCAGGACCAAGCAUCGCUGAUAGAGACCAAA